CUACUACAGCAAGAGCUAGUGUUCAAGUUUAGAAUGUAUUGUCUAUAUAUAGCUUGUUCAGAUUGGUUCAUGGAGUUCUAUAUUCCUUCAUUACUAAUAUAUCCUUAGCUAGCAGUUAGCUUCCAGUAUAGAGUUAGUUGUUCGUUUCUGAUAUGGUCAUGGCAGCAGCUCCUUGGUUAUGUUCUUGGCAGCUGCGGGCUGGUUUGGUCGCGAUAUGCAUUUCUUUCGUGUUCAAUACCAACUGCGCGAUUGCUGCUCGGCAGUUAAUGAGAUCCAGUACUGGACAGGAUCAUAUUAGAAGGAACCUGUUGGACAAUGGACUAGGUCUAACACCACCUAUGGGAUGGAAUAGUUGGAAUCACUUCAACUGUCACAUUGAAGAAAAAUUGAUCAAAGAGACGGCGGACUCGAUGGUAUCAACAGGACUUGCUGCACUUGGCUACGAAUAUAUAAAUUUAGAUGAUUGCUGGGCUGAACAGAAUCGAGAUUCUGAGGGAAAUUUGGUUGCAAAAUCUUCAGCAUUUCCAUCUGGAAUCAAGGCUUUAGCAGAUUAUGUCCACAGCAAAGGGCUGAAGCUUGGGAUUUACUCUGAUGCCGGAACUCUAACAUGCAGUAAAGAAAUGCCCGGAUCACUAGGCCAUGAGGAACAAGAUGCACAUACUUUCGCUUCCUGGGGAAUUGACUACUUGAAGUAUGAUAAUUGUCACAGUACCGGUACAAGCCCUAAGGAAAGGUAUCCAGUAAUGAGUAAAGCUUUACUGAACUCCUCAAGGCCUAUCUUCUUUUCCCUAUGUGAAUGGGGAGUAGAAGACCCUGCAACCUGGGCUGCCAGUGUUGGAAAUAGUUGGAGAACAACCGGAGACAUUUCUGAUAACUGGGAUAGUAUGACAUCUCGUGCGGAUCAAAAUGACAUAUGGGCAUCAUACGCUGGACCUGGAGGUUGGAAUGAUCCUGAUAUGCUUGAAGUUGGAAAUGGAGGUAUGACUCUCGAGGAAUAUCGUGCACAUUUCAGCAUCUGGGCAUUAGCUAAGGCUCCUCUGUUAAUUGGAUGUGAUAUUCGAUCUAUGGACGAUGCGACUCUCAGUCUGUUAAGCAACAAGGAAGUCAUUGCAGUUAAUCAAGAUAAACUAGGAGCACAAGGGAAACAGGUUACGAGUGGUACAGAUUUGCAGGUUUGGGCUGGCCCUCUUAGUGAUAACAGGGUAGCAUUAGUUCUGUGGAAUAGAAGUCCUUCAAAAGCUACGGUCACAGCUCAUUGGUCCGACAUAGGCCUCAAACCAGCAACCGUUGUCGAAGCCAGAGAUUUAUGGGAGCAUUCAACUGGACCAUCAGUAAGUGAAAAGCUCUCUGCCGAUCUCGAGUCCCAUGCUUGCAAAAUGUACGUGCUAACUCCCAAGUAAUUGCUUCGCACAUCCAUGGAAGAUGGAGAUCCGUUAUAGUGUUAUACAACACACUAGGGUUCAUUGCAUUCGUUAUGUGGAUGUAAAUAAAUUAUAGUACACACUUAGUUAGUGACUCCAUCACUCAGAAUUUCUGGUUUAUGGGUACUACAACUAAUAAAUUAUUUCAUAAAGUUAACUAG